UUCCUGUUUUCAAACGGGGAACUUAAAAGCAGCAGCUCGCUGGAGCCUGGAACCGAGGGGGGCUGAAGGCGGCCAUGUGACACUCCCCCCAGACCCCUGGACCCACACAGGACCAGAGAGGCUUCAGAUGAGGAGACUGAGGCCUAGAGAGGAAGGGGAAGAUGACCAAGACUCUGUCCAUGCACCAAUGAAUGAAUACCUUUCUCCUUUUCACUCCCCUCAUGGUGACUCCCGGAAAACCCUAUAAGAGAACACAUAAGGGAAGUGGCUUUGACUGCUGAAUUUGACUUUUAUUCAAAGCCCCCUGGGGUCGUGCUCAGCUUUCCCAGGUCUUGACUGGUGCGUUCGGCCAAGGCCAUGAUUCCUGGGGUCUCUGGGAAAACUGUGCCCUUCUUGUGACCUGGCACCAGCUCCCUGAACAGGACAGCAGAGCUGGAAGGGCCGGGACAACUGAGGCUCACCAUCACCCAUUCUACAGAUGAGCCAACUGAGGAGUUAGGAGUGCCCAUGGGAAGCAUUGGGCUUCCAAGAACCUAGGCCACCCAGAGCCCAUUAGGUAAUAGAGCAUGAAGACCACUCACUACUCCACCUGGGCACCCACCAGGCUCUAGAGAACGCGUCCCCACCCUCCAUGCCUAGUCAGCAAGACGGAGCCUGCAGCCACACUUCUCAGCCUUGGAGCAUGGCCCGUCCCGAGCACCCCGGGAGCCCUGGAUGGACAGGACCCACGGCCAAGGGCACAGCAGGGCCCAGGCAGGAAGCAUCAGCCACUGGCCGAGACCUCCCGUGUCCAGGACCCGAAGGGCACUUAGACCCAGUCAUGUCCCCAGACCCUUGUCCCCAAAGCGCCCUGACCUGGUGCAAGGGCUGACGCGUGCCGUCCCUCCAGACGCUCCCGGCAGCCCCAGCCCCAACUCCAGCAUGACCACCCGGGAGCUGCAGGAGUACUGGCGGAAGGAGAAACGCUGUUGGAGGCGCAUCAAGCUGCUCUUCGAGGUCGCGUCCGCCCGCAUCGAGGAGAGAAAAGUCUCCAAGUUUGUGAUGUACCAAAUCGUCGUUAUCCAGACAGGGAGUUUUGACAGCAACAAAGCCGUGCUGGAAAGGCGCUAUUCAGACUUCGAGAUGCUCCAGAAAAACCUCCUCAAGACGUUCAGGGAAGAGAUCGAAGACAUCGCCUUCCCCAAGAAGCAUCUGGUAGGCAACUUCACCGAGGAGAUGAUCUCCGAGCGCAAGCUGGCCUUCAAGGAAUACCUGACCCUGCUCUAUGCCAUCCGCUGCGUGCGGCGCUCCCGCGAAUUCAUCGACUUCCUCACGCGGCCCGAGCUCCGGGAGGCGUUCGGCUGCCUGCGCGGGGGACAGUACGGCCGGGCCCUGGAUAUCCUGGUGCGCGUGGUGCCCCUGCAGGAGAAGCUGACGGCCCACUGCCCGGUGAUGGUGGUGCCGGCUCUGUGCGCCAUGCUCGUGUGCCACCGGGACCUGGAGCGCCCCGCUGAGGCCUUCGCAGCCGGGGAGAGGGCGCUGCAGUGCCUGCAGGCCCGGGAGGGCCACCGCUACUACGCCCCCCUGCUGGACGCCAUGAUCCGCCUGGCCUACGAGCUGGGCAAGGACUUCGUGUCACUGCAGGAGAAGCUGCAGGAGAGCCAGCUCCGCCAGCCCAGCCCCUGGGGCUUCACGCUGAAGGAGCUCACGGUCCGGGAGUAUCUGUACUGAGUCCCACUGACGGGUAGGCUGGAGACUGGGGAUCGUGGCCAUGGCGGGGUGGUGGGGAGGGGACACGGACUGUUGGAGGGGAGUGUUUAGUGGGAGGAGCCACUUGAGGCUUGAACUUGCUAGGUGACACUUUGGACAAGCCUCUCCUCUGGUCCUCCAUGACUGCAUCUGUGUGGAUCCCAGGAGUGCUCCCCCCACCCCACCCCUCCUGGGGUCCUCAGAAGCCUCUGCCUGUGUCCUGGGUGCCUUUGAUGUCAGACUCACCUCAUCUGGAAACCACAAACCCAGCUGCCAAAGUGCCAGAGAGUGAGAUCCAACUUUCUGAUGCUUUCGGGGGUCGCUGGAGGGGGUGGUUUACAUUGCACACUGUGGACAAAGUUUAAGCCCCUUCCUCCAAACAGUCUCACCAGCUGCCCUGUCUUCCCUCUCUGCUCCUCCUCCCUCGAGAUUGCCUGCCCAGAUCCCCACCAUGGUCCUAACCAUUUCAGCUCUUCCUUCUCGGUGUGUAGACCCAACUCAGAUAAACAAAAGUUCACCCACGGCUCUUCGAGGCCAGCUUUGUCCCCUGUAGGUCACCCUUUCAAGGGUGGGAGGACCCUGGGCUAGAACGUCAUCCUGUCACAAGAGUCUGUGAAACAAGGCGUUGGUAGGAAGGGAAUUGGCCAACAAUUCUCUGGUCAGGAUGCUGUAACUUGGAGUCCAAGUGCGUUUUCAUUUAUAAGGCACAUGGCCCUUGACGAGGCUCCAUGAGUUACACAGAUGUGGCCCCGAGGGAGGGGAGUGAUACCCAGCAGGGUGAGACUGAAUGCUUAACACCUCCCCCAUUUGAAGGACAAUGUUCUUGGAACCUCUCCGAUGGGCUGGAAUGCCCUUGACUGAGGUCCGCUGUCAGGAAAGGACACCAGGAGCCCAGAGUGGAGGGGAGACCAGACCGAUAACCUAGGUUCAACAUUGGGCUUGAAGCCGAUGGUCCAGCCUGGUUUGGGGCAAUGUGUGUUUGAGACUAAAGGUCCUGAAGACCUAAACCAUCUGGCUGAGCUUAUGAGAGUGAAAUAAAGAGGCUGUUGCUCUGCAUCUUCAUGUGGGGCACCAGCUUGACCUAUGUAGGGAUCCAGCUGGAAAAAGAGACCACUCUAGAGGUGAACAGGCAUUGACCAAACUGCACCAGAAUGUGUUCAACAGCGACACCAUGUGGCAGCAUCUGGAAUGGCCCUACCAGGCUCCACUCUGGAAGCGAGAAACCAACCUGACACUUAGGGACAAAGAAAGCUUCGGGUCUCUCAAUUUAUUCUGGGAGAAGGACACUUUGCAUGGGAGAUGUUGGACCUCUUGAGAGAGAAAGUUAAAGUGUUCUGUGGAAAAAUAAAAGGCCGUGACUCUCUUUAUAAUGAA